CGGGGUGUUGGGGCGGCGAAAAUGUAAAACGCUUUUGCCCUGGCUGUAGGCUCAGCCCCCAGGAAGAGAAGCGGAUUGUUAUGAUAGAAGGUUGUUUUUUUUUUAAAGAAAGAAACAAAAAAACUGUCGAUAGUAAAGUAGGGACCUAUCAUUGCCUUGCACGCGUGUCUGUUUCAGGUAGACAGCUCGUUCAUUGUCUACUCAGUGCGAGUUGGGUUUGUUUCAUUCGUGAGCUCAUGCGUUGGGAACACUUUUAAUAGAGACAACAUUAUAGAACUAAGGUGCAUCUCGGACAUAGCAUGAACUGAAGGCUGUUUGUACCGCCAUACCCCUGAUAUUAAUUCGCAUGAUUCCCUGUGAUAACUAAAAAUGGAAAUAUUUGAAUCGUGUGUUAUCUAUUUCUAAGUUUCAAUGAUUUCAUCAUAUUAAAACGCAAUCCAACUUUUUAAAAUUCUGAUGUAGUCCAUCAGAAGGUCGGUCCUCCUUUUCUUCUAUGUACAGUGGCACACCACACACCAGACUGAAUUACUACGCAGGAACACCCAGCUACGCAGGUCUGGCAGCUUGCUUUUCUGGACUAUCCAACUCCUCCACUUCGUCGAGCUCCUCGUCCCCGGAGGCAACAUCCUCGGAGAUGCUGGAUUACUGCAACAACGUCGGCAACGAUAUGCCCGGACAGAACGGCUUCGGCGGCCACCAUCACCACCACUCACACCACAGCCCCGUAUCGGGGAGCGGGCCCACCUCGGGAUCCGGUUGCCCGCCGUCCAUGGCGUCAAUUCUAAACAUGAACCAUCAAGGGCAGAUGGAAGCCUCGAGACAACAGAGCGCCUUCGUGUUGAGCUCGCCACCUCUGGCGGCGUUGCAUAAUCUGACAGAAAUGAAAUUUCCCUCAGGGUCUGGCAGCUUCCUCUCCCAAGACUACUCCCCUGAUACACUGAAACAAAUGCAAGCCGCCAUGUCGCAUGCGUUAUCCACGCCUCACGGAAUCAAUGACAUUUUGAGCCGACCCCACGCGGCCCUGGGACUGCCCAGGCUAAGUACGAGCAUGUAUUUAGGCCACCAAGCCAGAUUUCCAAAGCUUGCUGAGCUACCUGGAAGACCUCCCAUCUACUGGCCUGGAGUUUUACCCCAACCUUGGAGACCUCCAGGUUCCUGUCAGAGAUACAGUUCCCAGGCCAGUACAGUGGUAGUGGACAAAGAUGGCAAAAAGAAACACACACGACCCACAUUUUCGGGUCAGCAGAUCUUCGCUCUGGAGAAAACCUUUGAACAAACUAAAUAUCUGGCUGGUCCAGAGAGAGCCAGGCUGGCAUACGCCCUUGGCAUGUCAGAGUCCCAAGUGAAGGUUUGGUUUCAGAAUCGCCGCACCAAGUGGAGAAAGAAACACGCGGCGGAGAUGGCCACGGCCAAAAAGAAACAAGAACAAGCCGAAGACAUGGAAGCCAACUCAGAUCCCGAAGAUGAAAACGGCGAUCACAUGAAAGGAGACUGUAACUUUUUAGAUGGAGUCGAUCUGUAGGCCAGGUCGAUGGACUCAGCUGACGUUAGAACCCAUUGAUUCUGAUAAGACCAAACGCUGUAGAUUAUCUUAUCAGCUCGUGGAUGAUGGGUGGAUUUCGCCCCAAAAAAUGAUUCAGCUCCUAGACUCCAGACAUCGGCUCCUGGUGGAGCCAUGUCAGCUCUUUGUCAAAGAGUAACUCUAGGCUCCUUGGCGGCGACCAAUCAUUGUGGAUCACCUUGAAUAGACAUUUGGAUAUUUUUUUCUCUAAGACAGUUUCAUCAAAGCUGUAUUAAAUGUCGAAUUAAACUACAAGAAUCACCAGAUAAUUUAUAAACUAUAGUCAAGACAUGGCCAUAAUGUUUUGUACUAUUUGCAAGAUCUCGAGACGGAAUCUCUGUCCCCUUCCACUGAAUGUCGCAUUCACAGUAUCUCUGUAAUUAAGUGUUUUAAUAUCGCUACCUAUUUCUAUUUGUGUAUUUAAUUGGUCAUUGACAGUUUAGACCAUUUAGAACGCUUGAUGGCCCGGCCAGCUUAUAAGAUUGUGGCCCGGCCAGCUUAUAAGAUUGUGGCCCGGCCAGCUUAUAAGAUUGUGGUGGUGAAAUAGUAACGUGGUUUGAAAAUGCCAUUGAAUGUGUUUUUUUUUAAAUCAAUGUUUUCAACUUCUGUUGAACAAAUGACAAACACUUCUGGCUUUGUAUAUUGCUUAGUUUUACCUUGAGGAGAGUAGUUUUCAAUUGGCUUGUAUAUCGCACGAUCUCAUUGGUCAUGUCUGAUGUAAAAACAAAUAUCUAUUGAUUUGAUUGGUCGAGUGGUUGUUUUAAGUCAAUAAGAUCUGGUCGUAUUAGAGAUUAUAGUCAGCUUUGUUUUGAGUACACCACCUCCACCCCUCCAUCCCGGCCCACUUUCUUGUAGUUUUGGUUCUUUUUGAUCUGACAAGUUUGUAUUUAUCGUAAUUAAGUUUGUCUGUUCCACCAGUCAGAUGUUUGUCUCUGAAAUAUUGCUAUUGUGAUUGUUAGUAGCACAUGUGUACAUGUUUAAAUGUGUACAGAGUUGAGUUACAAAACUGUUUUGAUACUACUUGUUCGACGCCCAUUUCACCCGAUUCUGAUACACUUUAUUUCUGAUACCGUACCGUUUAAAUGGGGGCGCACAAAAGGGCAACCUACGCCAAUCAAGCGGGGAGCUCUGUAUUGACUUAAGCUUAUUCGCUAGCCCACUAAUCAUCCCGCAGCGAACCACGAUAACAAACUAACGGAGUCUGUUUUAUUCACAGUGACUGGAGCUUGUCCCCACAGACCCCCCUAUCAGCUGGUCUCCCGGCAGCUUAUCUCCGCUGCUGUCACCAGGGCUCUGUGUCGGCUCCCAGCACAAGAGGGAGUGAAGUUUCUUGUAUUCCCCCCCCCCCACCACCUUACAACAUCCUGUGAUUGUGUAUACUAACUAACACACACACACAUAUUUUGAAAGAUUAUAAUAAAAUAUAAAAUGAUAAAGGCUUGUCUUCGAGUCCGAUUAACUAAUAGUACAUUUCAUGCAGUCAAUACCUGUUUUAUCCCUUUAGCCGACUUCCCCAUCACCACACCAGAGCCUGAGCAUAUCUAGGUAUAUUUUCUGUCAUUUAUUGUCCUUCUGUCUCCAGUACCACAAGUACCCCCCACCCCAUCUCCGCUACAGACAUAUUUAUGAUUCUAGUAACAAGAUAAUCAUUUUGUGUAUGUGUACACGUGGUACAGUCACGUGAUUCGCCCACGACUUUGUUUAAGAGAGGGAUUGAUUGAACUCGAGGCUAGUGACGAGGGAGAAAGUAAUGCGUGAUUACCUCACAGAUUGAUCGAGCUUAGUUGGACACGUUUGAUUAGGCAAACAAAUUGUGUGACUUGCAAUCAAGCUUUUUCUCGACCACAACACCUGUAUCAGAACAAGAGUGACCACAACACCUGCAUCCAAACAAAAGUGUCAACACUGGACAUGAACUUCGUAGUUUAUCGAUUGUAAAUGUAAGGAGCACUACUUUGUACUGCGCGUAUCCCAAUUGCAAUUUGUCUAGAAUACAAAAAUGUCAUCUCGAGCAGACAUAUUAAAUGAAUCAUUUCUACUCGAAAUAGAUUUAUUCUAGUCUAGUACUAGUAUGGAACUAUUUUAAUCAACAAAUGAGAUAGAUCUAUUCUAGUUUACAAAUUUGAAAGAUCAAUUUUAGUCUACAAUUAAGAGCACCAGUUCAAGUCCUCAAAUUAGGUGGUUCUAAUCCUCGUCAUCUAGGCAGCUUGUUGAUGCAGAGCAGUAAGCACUUGUACACUAUUCUAGUCCACCAAUUCUUUUCAAUUACAAUUAGAACUUGUUAGAUAGAAGACAGCCUUUCAAAAGUUUCAAAAGAAAGAAAGCAGACUAGAAUUAACUUAUGCUCACAUUUUCAAGAACGAGACAAUUAAGUAAGCCUUUGCCUCGUUAUGAGAUGCAGGCCGUAAAACCUUAACAUAUGAGAAGUAUUUCUUAGUAUACAAGAGUCAACUCUAGUCGAUCUUCCAGACAAGAAACAGUUGUUUAGUUUAUUAAUGGUAGAUGCUCUUUAGCAGCUGUUCUUCUGUCAAGAUGGCGGAGUCCUGUUCAAACCCGAUCGUUACACUACGUGUAGCAUAGUACAAGGGUAUAAAAAAAAACUAAUCCGCCCACUCGGUGACAGCAGUCACCUUGCUUUUUUCUUAGUUAAUUUGACGGAAUUAUGCAUACACACCUGAUUGGAAAGAAAAUCAUAAAGUUACACGUAGCCAACAAUUGAAACACUCUUCUAGAGUUACCUAAAACCAGGGCUCUAUUUUGUGACGGUACGCACCGGCACGGCGUACCUGCGUCUUUUCAAUGUGGAGAGAAAAUUAUUACUUUUCUUGUAUUUUAACAUUUGUUAUUAAUAUAUUAGUAGUUAAAAGUUAGGCAAUUCAUCACUGAGUACCGGCACCUAUUUUUUUUAUUUAUUU